CUCUCUCUCACAUCUUUAAAAAGAAGACAUUUUCACCACUAUAUACUCACUUUUCUACUCUGUGCUUCACUUCACCACACUUCUCCAUUUCAAGAAUUGCUUCUCUCACUUCCACACUCUGUUUCUUGAUCUCCCCAAGAUAACAUGGGAUUCUCAGCUGGUAAAAGAAAAUCAAGAGAUGAAGCAGUCACCUUAUCUGACCUCAACGACGACGUUUUGGAGAGAGUCCUCUCACGCCUACCAACCUCCUCUUACUUCCGCAUGACCUCCGUCUGCAAGAGAUGGAAGUCCACCCAAACCUCAACAACCUUCAAGCUCGCCUGCUCUCAAGUCCCUUAUCGAGAUCCUUGGUUCUUCAUGAUCGCUAAAGACUCCACCUCUUCCUCUUCUUUCGUUUACGACUCCACAGAAAACAGCUGGAGAAACCUCAGCCGUCCCCUCCUCCACCACCGUCGUGAUCUCUUCAGCCCCGUAGCUUCCUCCGGCGGCUUGCUCUGCUUCCGCUCCUCUGUCUCCGGCCACUUCCUCCUCCGUAACCCCCUCACAGGAUCCUCCAUUGACCUUCCUUGUCAAGAUGAUAACAAACCUCUCCAAGCUGUAGCCAUGACCACCAGCUACAAGCUUGUUACAAUCUCCGGCGAAGUCCCAAAUCUCUGUUUCAAGUUCUACGAGUCAAGUUCUUGUUCAUGGAGCAAAGAGUUUGAGUUAGUGAAGAAGAACGAUGAGUACAAUGAUGAUGAUGAUGAUGAUGAUACAGAAACAGUUUACUUUCUUAGCAAGUCAGGAAACGUCGUCGUAGCGAGUAACACUCUUCUUCGAAGCCAUUCGAAGCAGUACUCUUCCGUUAUAACCGUUAAAGACAAUGUGGAAACCGUUUACUUUCUCAGCUCUCACGGAACCAUCAUAGCGUGUGACCUCGCCAAAAGAAGCUUCACGCAGCUUCCCAAGCUUCUUCCUCCGUUUCUUGAGUACUCCAUCGACUUGGUGGAGUGUAACGGAACCAUGUUUGUGGUCCUUCUCUCUGAGUUUUACGAAAGCGCCAGCUUGAGGAUCUGGAAGCUGGAGGACAUGAGCUGGGUUCAUGUCGGGAUGUUGCCUCCUGCUAUGUCUCAUGAGUUGUACGGGAGAAAGGGGGACAUAAACUGCGUUGGAGGAGCUGGUGGAAACAAGAUACUUGUGUGCUUUAAUGCGGAUCUUCCUGAGGUGUGUUGUAGAUACUUUGUGUAUGAUUUGGUUGGAGAAGAGUGGAGUGAGUUGCCGAGAUGUUUCAGUGGUGGAGAAGCUGUGGAGUUUGUUUCAGCACUUUCUUUCCAGCCUAGGAUUGAAGCAACAGUUUGAUGUUUUGCUUUUUGUUUUUUUUUUAUGGAUUAGGUUUAAGUGAUUGUUUUGUUUGUGUAUUCUUUUUGAGUAUAAUGUGAUGUAACU